GGAGGGGCUUCGUCAGAUAAGGAUGGCAUUAGUCUCGUCUGGUUUGGAGCAGGUUGGAAGAUGGCUCUCAACAUGCAACGUUUCCUGCUGGCUCUGCUUCUUCUGGGAGCUAACGUGUGCAUCAGCAUUCAUGCUCAAGAGGCCGGUACAUCUGAAGCGUGGACCAGCAAGUCUUGCAAAUGCGACUGCGAAGGAGAAUCCCCAACUGAGUUUUCCGCCAUCGCAUCUGGCUCUUCUAUGGUGCGAGGAGUGGAUUGCAUGCCAGAGUGUCUAUACCACAAGCCUCUUGGCUUUGAGGCCGGAUCUGUGAAUCCUGACCAGAUCACCUGCUCCAACCAGGACCAGUACACCGGCUGGUUCGCUUCGUGGCUCCCGAGCAAGGCCCGGCUCAACAGCCAGGGCUUUGGCUGUGCCUGGCUGUCCAAGUUCCAAGACAACACUCAGUGGCUGCAGAUUGACCUCAGGGAGGUGAUGGUGGUGUCGGGGAUCCUCACUCAAGGCCGCUGUGAUGCCGAUGAGUGGCUCACUAAGUACAGCGUUCAGUAUCGCUCGGACGAAAAACUCAACUGGAUCUAUUACAAGGACCAGACUGGAAACAACAGGGUGUUUUACGGAAACUCUGACCGCUCCUCAUCCGUACAGAACCUCCUGCGGCCGCCCAUCGUUGCGCGCUACAUCCGCAUCCUCCCUCUGGGCUGGCACACACGCAUCGCUCUGCGCCUGGAGCUGCUGCUCUGCAUGAACAAAUGCGUUUGA